CCAUUACGUGUGGGAAGGACGUCUUAUUAUGCAUUUGGUGCUCCUAUCUGAAUUUUGAAAAGAUUUGGUAACACCGUGCUGCAGCACACUGGAAAUGUUUUGGGUUUCAUUAUUGCUUCUUGUGUUCUCCCUUAUGGAUAUUACCCAGCAUUGCACAUCUUCAAAACUUACGGGAAGAGCUUGAAAAAGAGAAACUGUCAAUCUCAUAAAAAUUUGUAUUGGACAAGGGGAAGACUUUUACGAUAACAAGUGGAAGAGGACUGAAGAAAAGGCGCCUAAAUGAUAAUUCAUUGAGCGUUAAGGAAUUAUGUGCUUCUUCAUUCCUAUGGAUAUUCAUCGGGAAACAAUUUCAUCCAUCGCUGUGUGAACCUGUUUAAAAUCGGGAGUUAUUCAAUAUCUUUCUCUCAUAAGACAAUGUUAUGUAAUAUUAUACUCAUAGCACUGAUGACUUGAGUGUCUGUUCCUAUCUUAUACAUACAGGAUCGGUUCUUAACCUGUUGCUGGUAAUGUGAAGUAUCGGUACUCCUUUUCUGCAUUGCAACAGUCUAUUUUUUAAAUAGACUAUAUCUUAUACGUUCUACAUUUAUUGUGGUACGAUAAAACAACAACAAUUAUAAGACAAAUUUUACCUCAAGCUUGGAUCACCAUGAACGUACGGAUAACCAUUCGGGUGCCCAGAGCACCGAUUCUUCUCUUUGGGACAUUAUUUCUUCUGGUGACCCAGUCUUGCGGAUAUCCCACAGGGGCUCCUGUGGACUCGAACCCUGAGAUCUGUAGCAGCCUGACACCCGGUCAUGGUGCCAUUCCACAGACUUCACCCUCCCCGUUCACGAUCACACCGAUCGUCAACUCGUAUGUACCUAAUGGAAAUGUUCCCAUGAUAAUUGAAGCAGUAAACGGAUCCUUCUAUAGAGGGUUAAUACUCCAAGCCCGUGAGAGGGGAGAGACCACACCCAUCGGAACCCUCUUCCUACUCCCCAACGAUUACCUGCAGGUCGUCAACUGCGAAGCAUCCUCGGAUACGAUCACACAUACGAACAAUGAUAUCAAGCCUACUUCGGUGACCGUCGUCUGGGUCGCACCGCCAUCGGACGUCGGCGAUGUCGAAUUCGUUGCAAGCUUCGUAUCGACUAAUCAGAUUUAUUGGGUAAACGUAGCAUCAUCUCCUAUUUACGGGCCUAAUGGUCCAGACCCCACCGAUCCACCUGCAACUGAAAAUCCCAUUCCUGUAAUCACAUGUGCAGAUACUCCCUGCCUAAAUGGAGGCACUUGUUUCACCUCAAAUGACGGAGAAGGAUUUGUGUGUCUAUGCGCGGAUGGAUACACUGGAGUUACCUGUGAAACAAUGGUCAUGGCAGUGGUGACAUGCGCGGACGAGCCGUGUCGGAAUGGAGGGACUUGCUUCACUUCUAACUCUGGCUCCGGAUUCGUAUGUCUUUGUCCGUCAUCUGAAUGGGAGGGUGAUACGUGUGAGACUCCAGUCAUCACGUGCAACGAUGAUCCAUGCAAGAAUGGCGCAACCUGUUUCACAUCCAACAGUGAUUCUGGGUUUGUUUGCCUAUGUGCUGGGGACUGGACAGGAAGAACAUGCGAAAGUCUCAUUACGUGCAACGAUGAUCCAUGUAAGAAUGGCGCAACCUGUUUCACAUCCAACAGUGAUUCUGGGUUUGUUUGCCUAUGUGCUGGGGACUGGACAGGCAGCACAUGCGAAAGUCUAAUCUCGUGCAACGAUGAUCCGUGCAGGAAUGGUGGCACCUGCUUCACAUCCAACGGUGACUCUGGAUUUGUUUGCCUAUGUGCUGGGGACUGGACAGGCAAUACAUGCGAAAGUCCAAUCGCAUGUGCUGAUGAUCCGUGCCAAAAUGGAGCAACAUGUUUCACACCUAACACUGGUGCAGGUUAUUUUUGUAUCUGCGGGGAUGACUGGACUGGCACAAACUGUGAAACUCCUAUUACGUGUGAUGAUGAUCCCUGUCUAAAUGGUGCUUCCUGCAUAACACCCAUCGGUGUUGAUAACGAGUACAUUUGCUUAUGUACAGCUGCGUGGACUGGUCCUGUAUGUGAUACAGCUAUCACGUGUAGUGAUGACCCAUGUUUGAACGGCGCCACAUGCACAACUCCGAUCAGUGGCAUCGGUUUUGACUGCGCAUGUGCAACAGGCUGGACAGGAGAAACUUGUGAAAUCAAUGCUGUCACGUGCAACGAUGAUCCAUGUUUGAACGGCGCCACGUGUGCAACUCCUGCCAGUGGCAACGGCUUUACUUGCAUGUGUGCUACAGACUGGACUGGAGAGAGAUGUGAAAUAAGUACUGUCACGUGCAACGAUGAUCCAUGUUUGAACGGCGCCACGUGUGCAACUCCUGCCAGUGGUAACGGCUUUACUUGCAUGUGUGCUACAGACUGGACUGGAGAGAGAUGUGAAAUAAGUACUGUCACGUGCAACGAUGAUCCAUGUUUGAACGGCGCCACGUGUGCAACUCCUGCCAGUGGUAACGGCUUUACUUGCACAUGUACUGCAGACUGGACAGGAGAUAGAUGCGAAAUAAGCACUGUCACGUGCAACGAUGAUCCAUGUUUGAACGGCGCCACGUGUGCAACUCCUGCCAGUGGUAACGGCUUUACUUGCAUGUGUGCUACAGACUGGACUGGAGAGAGAUGUGAAAUAAGUACUAUCACGUGCAAUGAUAACCCAUGUUUGAACGGCGCCACGUGUGCAACUCCUGCCAGUGGUAACGGCUUUACUUGCAUGUGUGCUACAGACUGGACUGGAGAGAGAUGUGAAAUAAGUACUGUCACGUGCAACGAUGAUCCAUGUUUGAACGGCGCCACGUGUGCAACUCCUGCCAGUGGUAACGGCUUUACUUGCAUGUGUGCUACAGACUGGACUGGAGAGAGAUGUGAAAUAAGUACUCUCACGUGCGACGACAAUCCUUGUCUUAAUGGAGCAACUUGUACUGCUUCUAACACUGGUAUCACAUGUAACUGUGUAGAUGGAUGGGAAGGAGAUUAUUGUGACACGACUGAGUCUUACUGUCUUCUGAACCCGGGAAUUUGUCAGAACAACGGAGUAUGUAGCGAUAAUGAUUUCAGCAGAUUUACCUGUGAUUGUGAGGGAACUGGCUACACAGGACCUCAGUGCAUUAUCAAAGUUACCACGUGUGCGGAUAAUCCUUGCCAGAACGGCGCCACCUGCAAUCCACCCAUCAACAGUGAAGGAUACUCUUGCACAUGCGCAGUGGGCUGGUUAGGUGUCAACUGCGAGACAAGAAAUUGGUGUGAUCCCGAGCCAUGUCAAAAUGGGGGCGUAUGUAGCUUUAAUGCUGAAAAUACAAACUUUGUCUGCGAUUGCGGUGACGAAUAUCUGGAUGACAUCUGCACAGUUAUAAAUCAUUGCCUUUCGGAACCGUGUCAAAAUAACGCACCAUGCACGAACAACGCCGACAAUACUGGCUUUGUGUGUGAUUGUGGAGAGGAUUUUUUGAGUGACACCUGCGAAGUUAUCAAUCAUUGCGCCGAUGAUCCUUGUCAGAAUGGUCGCCCGUGUUCUAACACUGAUGAUAACUCGGGAUUCGUCUGCGACUGUGGCAGAGCUUUUGUAGGAGAUAAUUGUGAAUAUGGCAAUUUCUGUAUCAACUUUCCAUGUAAGAAUGGUGCAACUUGCUCAAACAAUGCAAAUAAUGAUGACUUCGUGUGUACAUGUGACGAAAACUCAGGAUUUACAGGGCCUACUUGUGAAGACCCUAUAAUCCCACCUGCAUGUGACUCUAAUCCGUGUGCGAAUGGUGCUGGAUGCAGUGAAGAGAAUGAUGGCUUUGUUUGUCAAUGCACCAACGGCUGGAUGGGAACAACCUGUGAGACACAAGAUUUCUGCGUCGAUACUCCAUGCCAGAAUGGUAGACCGUGUAGCAAUAACGACGAUGAUACUGGUUUCGAAUGUUCUUGUGGUAACCGCUAUGUAGGAGACAGAUGCGAAUUCACAAACUUUUGCCGUGGUAAUCCGUGCCAGAAUGGUCGACCGUGUGACAAUAACGAGAAUAACGACGGUUUCCUUUGUUUUUGCGGCGAUGAAUACCUGGGGGACACUUGUGACGUAAUAAAUUUUUGUGAGGGAGAACCGUGUGAUAAUGGGCGUCCGUGUUCAAACAACGUGGACAAUACAGAUUUUGUUUGCGAUUGUGGAGAUGAAUAUUUGGGAAUUGUGUGUGACAUAAGGAAUUUUUGUCAAAAUGACCCGUGUCAAAACGCGAGACCAUGUUCAAACAACAACGAUAAUACUGGCUUCGUGUGUAAUUGUGGAGAUGACUUCAUUGGGGAUACUUGUGAAUUCACAAACUAUUGCAGUGGUGACCCAUGCGAUAAUAAUCAACCCUGUACCAAUAAUGAUGACAACACGGGGUUCGUUUGUAACUGUGAAGAUGAUUUCAUCGGCGAUACGUGCCAACAUACAAACUUCUGCCUGGGCGAUCCGUGCCGUAAUGGAGUCCCAUGUACAAACAAUCAAGCCAAUAACAACUUCAGAUGUGACUGUGGUGAGGAGUAUCUGGGGUUUAGAUGCCAAUGGACAAAUUUUUGUUUUGGUGAUCCUUGCGAGAACGAAAGGCCGUGUUCCAACAACGAUGACAACUCGGAUUUUGAAUGUGAUUGUGGCAACGAUUUUAUUGGGAAAAUGUGUGAAUUUCCAAGUUCUACUACAGAUUUUUGUGUGGACGACCCCUGCCAGAAUGAACGACCGUGUUCAAACAAUGAAGAUGAGGAUGGCUUUGUGUGUGACUGUGGUGAUGAUUACAUUGGAAACACAUGUGAAUUCACCAAUUUUUGCAAAGAUGAUCCGUGUGAAAAUCAGCGAACCUGCUUAAACAACGACGAUAAUACCGAUUUCCAAUGCGACUGUGGAGAUGAAUUCAUUGGGAACAAUUGCGAGUUUACCAAUCACUGCCGCUCUGCUCCAUGUAUGAAUGAAGGAUUGUGCUCCAACAACAAUGAUAAUUCCGACUAUGUGUGUAAUUGCCGUGACACAGGAUUUACAGGCCCCACAUGUGAAGAUAUAGAUAUGUCCACUGAAUCUCCCAUUGACUGUUCUGGUCCUUCUCCAUGUCAGAAUGAGGCCGUAUGUAUCCUCGAUACAUGUGUAUGUCAAAUAGGCUACAGUGGAAUCUACUGCGAAAUAGCUCCGACGGAACCUCCCGUUGAAGGCUGUGGAGGCCCUCUCCCGUGUGAGAAUGGCGCCAGGUGCCUCUCUGAUCUUUGUGUCUGUCAAGCAGGUUUCACCGGAACCUUGUGCGAAACCAACAUAGAUGACUGUGCUUCUGAACCAUGCCCUUCACAAACAUCAACAUGUGUGGACUUAAUAGAUGGCUUUGCCUGCUCGUGUAUUAACGGAUUUACAGGAGAAUUAUGUAAUAUAGCUGAUAACAGAAUUCAAGACACUCGGAACCAAUCUAAUCUGCUGAUCGAUCCUUGGUGGAUCGCUCUAAUCUGCCUGAUCGCAGUCAUGGUCCUCAUUGUUAUUGGUCUAUCUAUAUGCACUUGUCGAACCGUGAAGGCUGCUAAGACCAAAUCAGACAUCAAUCCGUAGUUGUAACCAUCAUGAAAUCUCAAAUUCUAUAGUCAUUUGCAAGACGACGUUACAUUACAAGUUCUUCCAUUGGGUUUUCUGACAAAUUUUAUCGUAUUAACCCGGAAUUGUAUUGAUUCAAAUGUAUUUACUUGUAAACAGUGAUGGUUUGAUAUUGGAGCCUUUAUUUUUAUCAACUCCUGCAAAAUGCUAUUUGUAUGUGCAUAUUUAGGUCUACUCUGUCUCAUAACUGCGACGACAACAACGUGUUGAAUACCACUUCUCAUCCCCCUUCUCCUACUACUACUACUACUACUACUACUAUUACUAAUACUACUAUUACUACCACUACCGCAACUACUAUUACUACUGCUGCGGCUACUUCAGAUGACGACAUCAAUUUAUCAACAGUUACAACUUCAUUCUGUUGCUGCUAUUACUUUCUGCCAUUGUUGUCACCACUGGCUAUUGCUCCUACUAUUAACUAUUUGGCUAGUUCUACAUCUAGCUGCUUCGUCUCCCAAUCUUCUUCUUUCUUAUUGCUGUUCUGACGAACAUAAUGGCAACUUCUCCGAAGAUUUCUACAAUAUACUGCAAAACUUGGCUCCAAUAUUCCCAUACACAAGAAUUAACUCCUUUCCGUAUUCCAAUAAUAUACGCAUCAGACCCCAUUACCAAUACUCGAUUGCUUUACCAUGUUUACGAUUUCAAUUAGAUGAGUGCUUAAAUUCAUUGAAUGGUGAAAUAAAAUUUAUGAUAUAGAUUAAUUGUAUUUCUAUCGCUGUUGUAUAAAUGUUAUUCUACACUGAAAUUCUUUAUCAGAGUAUCACCAAUAUAUUGAUAUGCAAUGAAUUAUUGUUCGGUUUCUCUGAUAUAAUUUUGAUGAUUUUACUUAUGUUAUAGCAAUCUAAUAUACCAUGUAUACAUCAUUGUGGUCGAUUAAAAAAAGAAUACUAUCCUGAGUUCUGAAUCGAUGUCCUGAAACUUUAUUGAACCUAGUAUCGAGUCACCGCACAGCAAGUUCAAGGCAAGAUAGGAGCUUAGUAAAUGAUUAUAAACUUCGUGUAUUCUGCAAAUAAGAGACCACUAAUCAUAUUUUGUAUGGGUUUUAUUUUUUUUUUUGGGGGGUGGGAUUAAUCUUUUCAGAUAGUUUUUAGUUCAUUAUAUGAAAUUACAUUUUUACUAUUUAAACUUAAAGUACAUGUGAUGUUUUAAGCUCUUGAUUAAGACGUCCUGAAAAUAUAGAACAUUGAAGAGCAGGAUAAACCAUGGUAUAAUGUUCAUUCUCAACAAAUAUCGGAAACCGGAAUUACAGGUAACACCCCUUUCCGGUUCAAAACUGACCGGGAAUAAGGUUUGAUGUGACACUAAGAGGGUCAAACAUAACGUAAUUAUGUUAAGACCGUUCCUCAGGUCAUUUUGACUGGUAGUUGCUUUGGCACCAAUAGACCCGGAUUCCGUGUCGAUUUUUCCUGAACUGUUAUUUUUUUUGGAAAAUUGUCAAAGACCUGCCGUAUAAUUGUGAACCAAUGACAACCAAAGGUAAUAAUUCUGAUCAGUAUUUUACCAUGCAGAAGAAUAAUAUGUUAUUCAGUUACGUUGAUGAUAUCCCCGACAAUUUUUAAUUUCUCUUUUAAUAUAUUGGAUAAAACUAUGUAUUGCAUUUCUACAUGAAUAAUAACGAUCUACUUAAGUAUGAUUGAUUUUGUAUAUCACUGAAACAGAGCGUUAGCAUGUAGGAUGAAUAGGAAAGCACUUGUUUCUGAAUGUUAUACUGUUAAUAUUUGUUUUUCUAAAAAUGUUGAGCAUUGUUUUUUUUACUUGAAGAAAAUAAAUUUACUAAUAAACUGAACAGGUGACUUCUGAUGUUACAGUG